GGUAACCUCGGCUAUCACGUGAUGUGCUAGCGUCGAGGAUCGUCAGUGUUAGCGUCGACAUACGAGAGGCUGUAUCACGUGAUGGGACUAGCCACUCGACCCGCAGAUCACCACGUGUCUGGCGCGUGCAUGUUUCCGGAAUGUCUGGCCUGGCGGAUUGGAAAUGCUGCCAACUGGUGUCGCCGAGGAGAAGCAGUUGGGCUUGGGCGACAUCACGCCACCAAAGGCCAUGGAGUGUGACGGCGGCCCAAAGGGUGCAGUUUGUCGUGCCCGCCUUUGGCUCUGCGACAAUGGGCCUGACGCGGCAAGCAGGCGGCGAGGAAGCAUGCAGUCGAAAUGAGGGAGCGAACAGCAGUUUGGCAGAUUGCAAGGCAAAACAUGGCGUGGCACAACGGGCGCCAGCUGUCGAAUCGGAAAAAAAGAGCCGGUCGACUAUAUUACUUGUUCGUGUUUGGGCGCAGGCUCGCGUGGGUUUUGAUGAGAUUUGAGCAGGGAGUGGGUGGGUGGAGGGCGGAGGCGGCGGAGGCGGCGGGCUGCCCCGCAAACACGUCCUCAGCACCAGCGUGUCCG